CCGUCACGCCCGUUCCGGUUUGCGGCGCGCGGAGAUUGGCUCUUGGGUCCCGGCGGCCCGAAGCGAGACAUUUGAACGGCAAACGGACGCUCCGCGCCGCUCCGCCGUGGGGUCGCUGCCGCGGGACGGGGUGCUGAGAGGAGCUGUCAGUGUCCUGUGGGUCUCAGAAUGGCCGGAGAUGACUAUGAGGAAAUUCUCAAGUACUAUGAAUUACACGGAACAGUCGGUACAGGUGGCUUUGCAAAGGUAAAACUUGCACGACAUCGUCUCACUGGUGAAAAGGUUGCAAUAAAAAUCAUGGACAAGCUUGCUUUACAGGAUGACUUGCCUCGUGUUAAAUUAGAAAUCGAUGCCAUGAAGGACUUGAGUCACCAGCACAUUUGCCGGUUGUACCAUGUGAUUGAGACACCCAAGAAAAUAUUCAUGGUUCUAGAGUACUGUCCUGGAGGAGAGCUCUUUGAUUACAUCAUUUCUAAGGACCACCUCUCCGAGGAGGAAGCUCGCGUAUUUUUCCGGCAGAUUGUUUCAGCAAUUGCUUAUGUGCACAGUCAGGGAUAUGCCCACAGGGAUCUCAAACCAGAAAAUUUGCUGAUUGAUGAAGAACAUAAUCUGAAGCUGAUAGACUUUGGACUUUGUGCAAAGCCAAAGGGUGGUCUUGAUUACCAUCUGAACACCUGCUGUGGAAGCCCAGCUUAUGCAGCACCAGAGCUGAUUCAGGGCAAAGCAUACAUUGGCUCAGAGGCAGAUAUUUGGAGUAUGGGAGUACUGCUGUAUGCUCUGCUGUGUGGCUUUCUCCCCUUUGAUGAUGAUAAUGUCAUGGCUGUCUACAGGAAGAUCACAAGAGGAAAAUACAGUACUCCAAGCUGGCUCUCUCCUAGCAGUACACUGCUCCUUGACCAAAUGCUGCAGGUUGACCCAAAGAAGCGGAUUACAGUCCAACACCUGUUAAGUCACCCUUGGCUCAUGCAAGGUUUUUCUGAUGCUGUUCAGUGGCAAAGUAAAUACCCACUGGGACAUCUUGAUGAGGACUGUGUAGCAGAGCUUUCUGUGUUUCAUGAGCAGAGCAGGGAGACUAUAUUGCAAUUAAUAACUGAGUGGAAAUAUGACCACAUGUCAGCAACAUACCUCUUGCUUCUAUCCAAGAAGGCUCGUGGCAAGCGUGUUCGUUUAAGGUUUCCACGUCUGACAGAGCAUGCCAGUACCAUGACGUCGACAGGCCUUGAGUGUUCAAGGCCUGAGGCCCAGCUGGAGGAUACGGAAUUCACAUUGUCAACUCCAGUGACAAGAAAAGUGGCAUCAAAGAAGCAUAAAAACAAAGAGAAUGUUGAGGGAGUGUCAGCUUUAGAAAAUGAAAUGCCCUUUGCACUUCCUGCUUUUAAGACUCCUCUUGCAAAAAGUCAGAUUGAGACACAGGUACAAGCAGUUCCCCUCAGGGCACCUGCUUUCAAAGAGAGUCAGUUCACUGCAGUCACCCCAAUUAAGAAACCCACUAACCAAACAAACGCAGAUGAAUUGGCAGCAGCUGAGAUUCUUCCUGAAAGAAGGUGUCAGUCAGUGGAAUUAGAUCUCAACCUUGCACAUGUGGAUAGCAGCCAAAAGAAGAGAAAAGCCAAAAUAUUUGGAAGUAUUGAAAGAGGCCUAGAUAAAGUGAUCACAAUGCUUACACCAAACAAGAAGAAACGAUGCACUAGAGACUGUCCAAGGAAACUUAAGGCACACUGCAACAUUACCACCACUCAUCUGCUGAAUCCAGACGAACUGUUGAAUGAAAUAAUCAUUGUUCUUUCAAAGAAGCAUGUGGAAUAUGUUCAGAAGGGUUAUACCCUGAAAUGUCAAACACGGUCAGAUUUUGGUAAAGUAACUAUGGAGUUUGAGUUAGAAGUAUGUCAGCUCACUAAGCCUCAAGCAGUGGGUAUCCGGCGACAACGGCUUAAAGGUGAUGCCUGGGUAUACAAGAGGUUGAUAGAAGACAUCUUAUCUAGCUGCCAAGUGUGAGUGGCAGAGUCUUUUAUCACGAUGUUUUAGAAAGGUCUUUUCAGAGAAGUAAUUCUUUCUCACAGUCACAGCUCUAUGUGAAAAAUCUGUCAUCUUGGGUUUUUAACCAUCCCCCUUUGUACAUAUUCCUUCUGUAUGCUUCCUUUAAUGUUAGGUUUGUAAUAAAUGUUCUGCAA